AUUGGAAGUAGCGCGUGAGGUUAGAGGCCAUAUCUCAGAAGAGACUACCAAAUUUGGGAGCUUAGGUAUAAGUGAUAUGAGAGAUGCGGGGAAUGACAUCAUAGGGAAGUGUACCAAAAUAGGACUAGUGAAGGGUGAAAAAAUACCAG